AACUUCCUCCACAAACGGGAGCCACAAGCUGCACAUACAGCUUAUAUACGAAAUUUGCUGCAUGUAGCCGAGUAUUGUUGCGAGCUUUCAGAGAGAGUCCUGGGCGUUAUCGUGGAUCAGGCUUUGAUGAUCGAUGUGAGGAUUCAAGUAGAGCUUGAAGACACCGAACCUACGGACGGCGAACUUUUCGAGUCACCGUACCCUGUGUUUUCCGGUGUAGCACCUGGUAGCGUUGGCCCAUAG